ACUGUCAACAUUACGCGCUGUCAACUCUUAAGAGGAGGAAAAGCCCUCAUUGCUCUCUCUCUCUCUCCUAUCUUUGGAAGCUUACACCUCUUCUACUAAUCAAGAUGAAGGUUGUCGGAUCUACCUGUGCCCUGAAGAGCAAGGUCGGCGGCGAGGACGUGGUGCGCUGCCUGUCUGACCAGAGCCUGGCCAUCUCCAAGUGCAAGAUCCCGCUGCUGGACGAGCAGAUGAGCGCCUUCCUCCAGGACAUGAACAGCUGCUACAGCAAGCUGAAGGAGCUCGUGCCCACCCUGCCCACCAACAAGAAGGCCAGCAAAGUGGAGAUCUUGCAGCACGUCAUCGACUACAUCUGGGACCUGCAGGUCGAGCUGGACGAGCCGGAGAAGAGCCGCCAGCACUCCGCCGGCAGCGUGCCCCGCACACCGCUGACCACCCUGAACGCAGAGCUCGCCAGCAUCUCAGUAGAGAACGGAUGCUCGGACGACAGGAUAAUGUGCCGCUAAAGAGCGCCGAUCCCCACCAAAAUCCACAGCGAGCAACGCAAAGAACGAACAAGGCUACCUGGUGUGGCUUCCUGGAGCGCAUCCAGAACCUAAACCUUGAACUGAGUAGGGACGUUUCAAACUCCCAGAUGCUAGAUUAAAAGACCCGUCGCUGCGCGGACGGCGAGGGUCUCCUGUCACUCCCAGCUCUCGAUUCAUCAGAGGGCUGUGAGGAGAGAAGAAGAGGACCGCUGGUGUCCAGACGGACUGGGUUAGCCGGGGGACCAAGACAAGUUCAGUGCAACCAGCAUCACUGGUUGCUUGUAGAGUUUUAAAAAAGAAAUGUUCUUUUUUUUUCCUGUUACGCUCCCUGUAUCUUGUGUAAACCUUAUAGAGAAUUCAUCAUUUUGUUAAAGAA